CUGGGUGGCCCUUGCAUUUCCUAGUCCCUCAGCUCUCACUCGUCCAGUUUCUUCAGCUAUAUCGGACUGGUCAUCGGUGAUGUCUGGGAUGUUACUAGGUUCGUCACUUCGCUUCUGCUAGACCUAUCUUUCUUAAUUAGUCGCUUUACAGGUAGCCAGCUCACCCGCACCCUGCGAGCAGCGAGCAGCAAGUAGCGCGCAGAGAUGAAGUUCGACGUGAACGCGCUGCGGUACCUCUCCAAGGAUGAAUUUCGCGUCCUCACCGCCGUUGAAAUGGGCAUGCGCAAUCACGAGAUCGUGCCAUCGGAGCUGGUAGAGCGCAUCGCGAGCCUCAAGCGAGGGGGCGCCUACAAGGCACUCAACACCCUUCUCAGGCACAAGCUAGUGCACCAUGAUUCCACCAAGUACGACGGGUACCGGCUGACGAAUCUGGGGUACGACUUUCUGGCGAUCAAAGCGCUGGUCAACCGCGGCACGGUGGCGGGCGUGGGGCCACAGAUCGGCGUGGGGAAGGAGUCGGACAUCUACGAGGUGGAGGGCCCCGAGGGCGAGGUGCUGGUGAUGAAGCUGCACCGCCUGGGCCGCACAUCCUUCCGCAACGUGAAGGCCAAGCGCGACUAUCUGCGGCACCGCCGUGCGCACAACUGGCUAUACCUCUCCCGCCUGGCGGCUCUCAAGGAGUUCGCCUUCCUCAAGGCGUUGGGCGAGAGGGGCUUCCCCGUGCCAGGCGCAGUGGACUGCAACCGACACUGCGUUAUCAUGACCCUCGUCCACGCCUUUCCGCUCGUGCAGGUGCGCUCACUGCAGCGCCCGCAGCUGGUGUUCGACCAGGUGCUCUCCCUCAUCAUUCGACUGGCGGCGGUUGGCCUUAUCCACUGCGACUUUAACGAGUUCAACCUGCUUGUGGACGAGGAUGAGAACAUCACGAUGAUUGACUUCCCUCAAAUGGUCUCCAUCUCGCACCGCAAUGCCAAGAUGUACUUUGAUCGUGAUGUGGAGUGCAUCUUCAAAUUCUUUGGCAGACGCUUCAACUUCGCCCCCAGGAGACCUGAUGACCCGACUUUGGAAAGCGCAUGGGCGGUGUCAGGAGGGGAGAGAGGCAGCAUGGAAGAGCUGGGAGAAAAUGGUCAAAGAGAGGAUGAGGAUGGGGAUGGGGAUGGGGAGGAGGAGGAAGAGGAGGAGGAAGAGGAGGAGGGGACGUGGCGGCCUUCGUUUUCAGCCAUCGCAGCAUUGGUGCAGCGAGCAAGGGAGAGAGCAGGGGAGGGGGCAGAUGAGAAGGGGGGUGCGGAGGAGGGGAACGAGAGAAAUGAGAACGAUGAUGGGGAGGGGGGAAGCGGUGGGGAGGGGGGAAGCGGUGGGAAGGGGGCUGGUGAAAUAGCCAGGCAGGCAGAAGAGGGUCGAGGAGAAGCAAUAGGUAUAGAAGAAAGGAAAGAAGGGGAGGUGGGAAGAGAGGCGGCAGGGGCCAGCGGAGGAGCAGCGGAUGGUGAAUGGCAGGCGUGCAGAGCGGUGAUCCAGGCACUCCUGCUCGCUGCUGGCCCUGCUCCUGCUCCUGCUGCUGGUGCUGGUGAUGGGGACAAUGGUGCGGAGGCAGGGAGCAGGAAGGAGGUGAUGGAGGCGAGCAAGACGGAGAGGAGGCGGGGCGGGAGGAGGGGAGGCAGGCGGGAGGUGAUGGGAGUGGUGUCGGGGAGGGGGCCUCUGGACAGACAGCUGGCAGCGAGUGGAUUCAGCAUGCAGAACGAGGCUGAGCUGGAGCAGUACAUGGAAGAGUCGCAGUGGAGGGAGACGAGCCAUGCGGACGGCAGGGAGGAUGAGGUGGGAGAGGAGGGAGACGACGAUGAGGACGAGGAAGUGGAGGAGGAGGAUGAAGAGGGGGAGGAGGAAGAGGAGAUCAAUGGGGGCAAUAGCAAGGAGGGUGAGUCUGCAGGUGCAGACGAGGAGGAUGGCAGGGACGGUGGAGAUGAUAGUAAUGAUGACAACAAUGAUGGCAACGAUGAUGAUGUGCUUGAAGAGGGGGAUGAGGAAGAGGGAGUUGGGAAACUCCAGCAACUGAAAGUAUAUGGCGGGACGGAUGGUGGCGCAGGCAAUGGUGGUGGGAGUGGGGUGAGCAGGAAGCCGAGUGGCCGCACCCAGCAGCAGCAGCAGCAGCGGCAGCUGGAGAGGCAGCGGCAGCGGGCGGCAGAGGCGGUGAGAGGUGGAGGGAUGAGAAAGGCAUCGCGUAACGCCAGCAAGGACAAAGGAGGGAGGAGAUCGCGUCACGUGUCCAGCAAAGCAGGGAUCGAUUGAGAGGAGAAAUCCUUUUGGCUGGCAGAGACAGUUUCUCCUGUUGAUUUCCUCCGGUGUACUUUUCAAGUCUGCAGGGCAGCCGAUACUAUGUAUGUGACAUGCUAUUCUACGUCACGGACUCACGGUGUUUUCACUCUCCACACUACGUAAACAAAAUUGAGCUAGAGCCCCCCAAUGUGCUGUAGGUGGAAGACGUGUUGGGAUACACAGCACCCACCCGUUCACGGCGUAGAAGUCAACGGUAAUCUUUUAGUCAAUGGUCACAC